AACACAUUGCGCCAGAGUGCUUCUCAUGCUCUCAGAGCUCAGCAUGUUCUUGAAGAAUGGACAGCUCAAAACCAGCACAUAAUGAAGUGGACUACACUACAGUGGGUGCUUCUCCUGGCAUCUGCUUGGCAAACCCAUAGCCGUGCUCUCCGUUUCACCGCCGUGGAGGAGCAAGAAGCAGGCGUUAAGAUCGGAAGUCUAAGCACAAACUACUCACCUCCAUACCGACUCCUCGAGGAAACAUACAUCCGGGUGGAUGAGAGCACAGGGGAUCUGUUCACUACAGAGCGCAUAGACAGAGAGACCUUGUGUCCAUCACAUCAGGAUGGAGACUGUACCUUUUCAAAUACCGCAGUCGUUAGUCUUAAUUUUGAAGUCGUGCCAAUGAUCAUCAUUGUGGAUGAUAUUAAUGACAACGCUCCUAUUUUCGAGAGGAAUGAGAUUCCUCUACACAUACCUGAAGAUGCGUCAAACGGGACCGCUUUCCCACUGGAUGACCAAGCCCAGGAUAAGGAUACGGGCGAUAAUGGCGUGAUACGUUACUAUUUGGAAGACCCUGGUGGCUUUUUUAGCAUCAGACAAGACGGGCAUGAACUGGAGCUGGUGGUACAAAGGGAACUAGACCGGGAAACUCAGGAAAACCACCUCUUGGUUCUUGUAGCUGUAGAUGGAGGUACAGUACCACUCAGCUCUACAGUUAAUCUCAAUGUAACUGUAACCGAUGUUGAUGACAAUUGCCCGGAGUUUGACGCCGACAGUCCCAUCACAGCCAUUGUGCCAGCGUUAGGAGUCAAGGGCACUGCGGUGGUCCAGCUUAAAGCCACAGACAAAGACCUGGGCCUAAAUGCCCAGAUUGCAUUUUCAUUCAGCCGUCUGAUCUCAGACAGAGCCAAAGCGCUCUUUCACUUGGAUGGACACACAGGCCUGAUCAGCUUAGCUGUUGACAUGCAGGUUGACAGUCCUGAAGAGCAUGCAUUGAAAGUCUUUGCGAAUAGCCCACUCUGCCCCCCUGUGCAAACUCAGGUAACCGUAUACAUGCAGCCAGUAAUGAGCCAAGAGCCAACAGUAAAGAUCAAGUUUGUCGCCGAGCAUAAAAACCAAGUGAUCGUGUUACGAGAAAACGAGCCCCCCACCGUCUUGGCGCUCUUGGAGCUGGAAGACACCUCUACUGCCAAAGGUACUCUGUCCUUAGAUAAAGACAGCAUGCCGUUUUCUUUGAAGCCGCAAGCAGGCAGCUAUUUGCUUUCAACAUCAGAACCCCUAGAUUUUGAGAUGCGCGGCGAGUAUGAGGUUACACUUAUUAUUUCUGAUCCUCAUGGCACACGCCUGCACAGAAGGGAAGUGAUCAAAGUGCUGGUUGAAGAUGUGAAUGAUAAUGCCCCAAAGUUUGAACAAACACGUUAUGAAAAGGACAUCAAGGAGAACAACGAGCCUGGAGUGUUUCUGCUGAGAGUCCAGGCUAGCGACGCAGACAGCCAGCAGUUCGGCAAAGUAAGGUACAGGCUUACAAAUGGAGGACCUUUCAGAAUUGACGAAGAGUCGGGUGUGAUAUCGGUGGUGGAGACUUUGGAUAGAGAACAGCAGGAGACGUACGUCCUGACCGUUGUGGCCCGGGACGGAGGAGAUCCGUCUCAGGAGGGUGCUGCUAUUGUGUCUGUAAACAUACUGGAUCUGAAUGAUAAUCCACCAGCCUUUCCUACCCCACAUUUCUAUUUCUUUGUGUCUGAGAACAUUCCACAACUUUCCCAAGUUGGGAAAGUCACAGCAAGUGAUAGCGAUGAAGGAGAAAACGGCCGGAUAGUGGAUGUGCGUAUUUUAAACGACAGUGUCCCUUUUGCCAUAGACAUGGCGCAGGGAUCGCUCCGCAGUAUUGCUGAAGUCGACCGCGAGAAGCAAGACCGCUAUGAGCUUCUGGUUGUAGCUGUAGAUGGCGGCAGUCCGGUCCUUUCCGCUGCAGCAAAAAUGACCAUUUUUAUUGAGGAUGUCAAUGAUAAUCAACCCCAGGUCAUUCGUCCUAGCAGCAACCUCUCCUGUUUGACCAUAUCCCCGGCUACUCAAGCAGGAAGCAUGAUAACAAAGAUUUACGCCAUCGAUGAGGACUCAGGAAUGAAUUCGGAUAUCACUUACCAAAUUAUUGCAUCCAAGCCGGCUCUCCACAGUCCCUUCGAGAUUGACCAGCACUCAGGAAACAUCACUCUGGUCCAGCACCUGCGCGGCGAGGACUACGGCAUGCACCACCUCUUCAUAGUCGUCCGUGAUGGAGGAAAGCCAGACCCCCUGCAGACCACCGUGUGGGUCAACCUGCAGGUCAACGAGACGUUGGAAACAUGUCACGUGAAUGCCGUUCCAGAGUACACACCACCACGACUGCCUCCUCCGAUGCCUGUCAUAGACCGCAGGUGUGAAUCAAAUGCAUGGCUUGUUUUAUAUUGUGGCCUGUGUCUGAUGGUCAUCUCAGUCUGUGUUCUCCUGGCGGUCGUAGUGGUGUUCAUGAAGCACAGAACGAUUAAAAGGAAAGUCGAACAAAAGAACGUUUGGGAAACUGGAAAUCUCUGUGAACUGAAACAUUUGAACUAAAGCGAAGGCUCAGCAGACACACCAGGAAAAUGUUUGUGUGAAUAUUACAAAAGUUUUUUUAUAACCUGCUUUAGCUAGUACUUUUUUGUUAGUAUUGUAAUAGUAAUAUUUUGUAGUAGUGUUAGUCUGGCUUAAUGUGUAACACACCUGCUUUCUUUUCCUAUGAUCAUGUGCUUUCAUCUUAGAUAAAGUUAAAACAAAUAAACUCUUAAAAUCUUUAAAAUAUAUAAUAUUUGAAGAGAUGAAUGCACUUAAGGACAAUGCAUGUUUGAUUUUCUGCCAGCAACGGUGUGACGUUCAGUGAAAAGGAAUGAAAAUGUUUAUACAGGUGCAGUCUUGCAGAAAGAAAAGUACACUUGUUUUGUUCUCAUGUUUCUCUAGUGAGCUGUUGUUGUGUUGGUUUUACAGGCUUUCAUGGAUUAGACCGAUGCACACAGUCAGUACUGUCAUCUAGAUCAUGCAACAAUCUCUCUUUUAUAUACAGUAGAGUUCAAGAAGAAUAGCAUGAAGCCUAUUGGAUUUUUAUUGUGCACAAUUGAUUAAACUAUUAGUUAAUCCUAAACAAAAUAAAGCCAAAUAGCUUAUAACAAAUAAAGAAUAGAUUAUAAAUUCUAUAAGAUAUAUAUAGAUUAUAAAUAAGUGUACCACUGAGAUGCUCUUGAGGAUGAGCUUACGGUAACAAAAAAUAAAUAAUAUAUAAUCAUGAUUGUGUCCAUACAUUGCACAUAUACAUGUGAAAAAUUCCAUAUGUAAUUCCUUAUAUAUUAUUCAGUAUGUUGUAAUAUAGUGAAUAAAUAUAUUAUUCUGUAUAUUUCAUAGGUACAUUAGAUAAAUGUAUUGAGUGCUAUAUUAAUAUACAUGGAAAUAUAUUUUCUUUAUAUUUUCUUUGCAUAAUGUUAUAAAGUAUAGAGCAGCCACUUUUCCAAUGAAUCACUUUCCACUCUUGGUCUUUCCCUGUGAAUAUUAUGUUUCACUCAAAUAAUGUCAUUGUAAAUGCUGUUUCAUGUUGACUUCAAGGUCAAAUAAACUCUAAU